GCGGGCCGAGCGCGCCCGACUUUUCCAGAAGGGUGCCGGAUAUUACCUUCAGGCCACGCUGAGCCGGGCUUGGGGUUUCGUCUUUUUUCUCUGCUGUGUCAGCUAUGGCGGCGGUGAAGACUCUGAACCCCAAGGCUGAGGUGGCCCGCGCCCAGGCGGCGCUGGCGGUCAACAUUAGCGCGGCGCGAGGGCUGCAGGACGUGCUGAGGACCAACCUGGGGCCGAAGGGCACCAUGAAAAUGCUUGUUUCUGGUGCUGGGGACAUCAAGCUUACUAAAGAUGGCAAUGUGCUGCUUCAUGAAAUGCAAAUUCAACACCCAACAGCCUCCUUAAUAGCAAAAGUAGCAACAGCCCAGGAUGACAUAACUGGUGAUGGUACUACUUCCAAUGUCCUAAUUAUUGGAGAGCUACUGAAGCAAGCAGAUCUCUAUAUUUCUGAAGGUCUUCAUCCCAGAAUAAUAACAGAAGGAUUUGAAGCUGCAAAGGAAAAGGCACUUGAGUUUUUGGAACAAAUCAAAGUAAGCAAAGAGAUGGACAGAGAAACACUUAUGGAUGUGGCCAGAACGUCUCUACGUACUAAAGUUCAUGCUGAACUUGCUGAUGUCUUAACAGAGGCUGUAGUGGACUCCAUUUUGGCCAUUAGAAAACAAGAUGAACCUAUUGACCUUUUCAUGGUUGAGAUCAUGGAGAUGAAACAUAAAUCUGAAACUGACACAAGCUUAAUCAGAGGGCUUGUUUUGGACCAUGGGGCACGACAUCCUGAUAUGAAGAAGAGAGUAGAAGAUGCAUACAUCCUCACAUGCAAUGUGUCAUUAGAAUAUGAAAAAACAGAAGUGAACUCUGGCUUUUUUUACAAGAGUGCAGAAGAGAGAGAAAAACUAGUAAAAGCUGAAAGAAAAUUCAUUGAAGACAGAGUUAAAAAAAUAAUAGAACUGAAAAAGAAAGUCUGCGGUGAUUCAGAUAAAGGAUUUGUUGUCAUUAAUCAAAAGGGAAUUGACCCCUUUUCCUUAGAUGCUCUUGCAAAAGAAGGCAUAGUAGCUCUGCGCAGAGCUAAAAGGAGAAAUAUGGAAAGGCUGACUCUUGCUUGUGGUGGAGUAGCUCUAAAUUCUUUGGAUGACCUAAAUCCUGACUGUUUGGGGCAUGCAGGCCUUGUCUAUGAGUAUACAUUGGGAGAAGAGAAGUUCACCUUUAUUGAGAAAUGUAACAGUCCUCGUUCUGUCACUUUAUUGGUGAAAGGACCAAAUAAGCACACACUCACUCAAAUCAAAGAUGCAAUAAGAGAUGGCCUGAGGGCUGUCAAAAAUGCUAUUGAUGAUGGCUGUGUGGUUCCAGGUGCUGGUGCAGUGGAAGUGGCAAUGGCAGAAGCUCUCGUUAAAUAUAAGCCAAGUAUAAAGGGCAGGGCCCAACUUGGAGUCCAAGCAUUUGCAGAUGCAUUGCUCAUUAUUCCCAAGGUUCUUGCUCAGAACUCUGGUUUUGACCUUCAAGAAACACUAGUAAAAGUACAAGCAGAACAUUCAGAAUCAGGUCAACUUGUAGGUGUAGACUUGAACACAGGUGAGCCAAUGGUAGCAGCAGAAGUAGGCAUAUGGGAUAACUACUGUGUAAAGAAACAGCUUCUGCACUCCUGCACUGUGAUUGCCACGAACAUUCUCCUGGUUGAUGAGAUCAUGCGAGCUGGAAUGUCUUCUCUAAAAGGUUGAAUUGAAGCUUCCCUUGUAUCAUCUGAAUCAUGACGAGUUGACAAGAGUGAUCCUAAGAAUAUAGCUAUGGAGUUUUUGUCCAAGUAUCAAAUGACUUUCAAAGUUAAAACAGGAGGACAUUGGCACCUUUUAAAAUUAUGAAGUUCUGAAAUUACAAUUACUGUGUUUUUUUUUUUUUAAUUGCUCUGAAGUGUACGCUUAUAAAGCAAAUCCUUUUUACCCAGCGAACAGUUUAUUUUACUUUAGCUGCAGUGGCAUAAAGUUACAUGUUAGAUAAGAGUUAUGUUAUCUACCUUGUUAUUAAAUUCCUUCACAAACAAAUUUUCAUGAUUUAAUAAUUUUCUAUGGAUGUAUUUAAUUUAUCCAACAGUUCCCUAUUGUUGAGCAUAUGUUUUCUGCUAUUAUAAGUAACACCUAAGUAUAAAUUCCUGUGAGAAUUAUUACUGGAUCAAUUGGACUUUUCAUGCAUUAGAAACAGCUUUGCUCUUAUACUCCCUGAGAAAAGUUAAGUUUUAUACUCUGUAGGAGGUGGAAAAGGGGAUAAACUGGAGCCAAGGAAGUGAAAGAGUUGCAGGUAUAAAUUGGAAAAAUGAGAGAAGACAGAGGGAAGAUGCGUGAGAAUGGUGACUAAGGGAGCAGGGGUUAUCAGAGAUUUUCAGGCUGACCAUAUUUUUAUGCUUCUGAACCUUUGAUUACGUAGAAAUGUCCAUCCCAACUCUAGUGUCGUUUACUCUCACCCAAAUUACUGUUGCUCCUCAGUGUUUCCACAAAAUUGUUUUUAUAGUUAUCUCUGCAUUCGUUGAAGGCGUAAUUGUGUUACUAAGCUUCGUAUUUGAUGGCUUAGAAGUUGCCUACAGUGUGUGCAAUAAAUCUUAAGGCAAAACCUU